GUUUUUUGUCAUUGCUGAGUUCAAUUUGAAUUGGAAAGAGUUCUUUGAAGUUUGUUUCUUAGAGAGAAGUGGCUGAAGGAGGAAGGAACAGAAAAUUGUGCAAGACUUUGUGGGAGAACAUGAAUCUAUACACUUCAUUUCUGUUUCUGGGUUUAAUUUCCACGCUGUCUUUUGUAGCUUCUGAUGCGGUGGCAAAAAAUGAAGUUUCGGCGCUUCAAACCUUCAGAGAAGCUAUCUUUGAUGAUCCACAUCUUGUUUUGUCCAAUUGGAAUACCCUGGUUUCGGAUCCUUGUGAGUGGAAUGGUGUUUUGUGCAAUGGACCUCGAGAUCAUGUCAUCAAGCUAAACAUAUCAGGGUCAGCAUUAAGAGGGUUUCUUGCACCAGAAUUGGGGCAAAUCACCUACUUGCAAGAACUAAUCUUGCACGGAAACAAUCUUAUUGGAACAAUACCAAAAGAAUUGGGCAUGUUGAAAUCUCUCAAGGUGUUGGACUUGGGGUUGAAUCAGUUAUCAGGACCGAUUCCUCGAGAAAUUGGAAAUUUGACCCAAGCAGUGAAAAUAAACCUGCAGUCCAAUGGGUUGACUGGUAGGCUACCCCCAGAGCUUGGAAAUUUGAAAUACCUUCAAGAACUUCGGUUGGAUAGGAAUAAGCUUCAAGGACCUGUUCCUGCUGGUGGAAGUUCUGAUUCAACUAUGCAUGAGAUGUAUGCCUCAAAUGUGAAUUUAACUGGCUUGUGUCGUACGUCUCAAUUAAAAGUUGCAGAUUUUUCAUAUAACUUCUUUGUUGGGAGCUUACCCAAAUGUUUGCGUGUCCCAAGAUCAAGCUUUCAAGGGAAUUGCCUUCAGAUUAAAGACAUAAAGCAGCGGACUUCUGUACAAUGUGCUGGUGCUUCACCUGCCCAGAGCCAUCCAGUAAUGAACCUAAAGCAUCGAGCUGCUGAACAUGUGUCGAAGCAUCAAAGAGCAUCAAAACCUUCCUGGCUUUUGGCUCUAGAGAUAGUGACGGGAGUCAUGGUUGGUUGUCUCUUUUUGAUUGCUAUUUUCACGGCGUAUCAGAGGUUUAACAGCAAAUCAUCUAUCAUCAUUCCUUGGAAAAAAUCUUCAAGCGAGAAAGAGCAUAUGACAGUAUAUAUAGAAUCUGAUGUGUUGAAAGAUGUGACGAAGUAUAGCAGACAAGAUCUUGAAGUGGCCUGCGAAGACUUCAGCAACAUAAUUGGUUCUUCACCAGAUAGUGUGGUCUACAAGGGUACAAUGAAAGGUGGACCUGAGAUUGCUGUAAUUUCCCUCUGCAUUAAGGAAGAGCAUUGGACGGGUUACCUUGAGCUCUAUUUUCAGAGAGAGGUGGCAGACUUGGCAAGGUUGAAUCAUGAGAAUACAGGAAAACUGCUAGGUUAUUGUAGAGAGAGCAAUCCUUUUACCAGGAUGCUGGUUUUUGAUUAUGCUUCAAAUGGGACACUCUAUGAGCACCUACAUUGCUAUGAAGAAGGGUGCCAAUUGUCAUGGACACGGCGUAUGAAAGUUAUUAUAGGCAUUGCUCGUGGACUCAAGUAUUUGCACACGGAAAUUGAACCACCAUUCACUAUCUCAGAGUUGAAUUCCAAUGCUGUAUAUCUUACAGAAGACUUUUCACCAAAGCUGGUCGAUUUUGAAAGUUGGAAGACAAUUCUUGAAAGAUCAGAGAAGAAUUCUGGUUCUAUUGGCAGCCAGGGCUCCAUGUGCCUUCUUUCAAAUUCCGUGGAGGCACGUCGUCUUGACACCAAAGGAAACAUAUACGGCUUUGCAGUACUUCUAUUGGAAAUAAUCAGCGGACGACCUCCAUAUUGCAAGGACAAAGGGUACUUGGUGGACUGGGCUAGGGAAUAUCUUGAGAUACCGGAAAUGAUGUCAAGUGUGGUGGAUCCAGAGUUAAAACAUUACAGAGAAGACGACUUGAAAGUAAUAUGUGAGGUGGUAUCGCAAUGCAUCAAUGGCGACCCCAAUGGCCGUCCGUCAAUGCGGGAAUUAUGUAGCAUUCUGGAGGGCAGAAUUGACACUUCAAUUAGCGUGGAUCUCAAGGGAUCAUCUUUGGCUUGGGCUGAACUUGCCCUUUCAUCUUAGAUUCAUUUGAGAUUGUGUCAAUGCUAAGGACCAAGUAUAACACAAAGAUUGUCACAUAUACAUUCAACCAGCAUCUAUAACUACUACUAAUACUUGUUCUUUUUUCUGACUACUUAAAUUGUCAAUUUUUUCUUUUUCUUUCUUACAUGUAAAUGGUUGCUAAGUAAGGGAAUGGGUAAGUAUUAAUGCAUGACAAGGUGUCAUCAUUGUAUAGCAGUGGUAGGUGAAAUUCAAGAAAUUGAUUAAUGUAAGAAGUUUGUCAGGCUACAAUUGUAUUUUUCGUAUAUUUGUAUACAUUGAGCAUUUUGUUGUACGGUUUGGAGUUUUACCC